CGUAGCUAACUGCUUCUCCUCUUCCAAACCCUAAGCCCGAAAACUAGUCGGUCGCCCGCCGCAAUGCCGCCCAAGUUGGAUCCCACGCAGGUGGUUGACGUCUACGUCCGUGUAACCGGCGGCGAGGUCGGAGCCGCCAGUUCGCUUGCCCCAAAGAUUGGGCCGCUGGGUCUCUCCCCGAAGAAGGUGGGCGAGGACAUCGCCAAGGAGACAGCCAAAGACUGGAAGGGCCUCCGCGUAACGGUCAAGCUCACCGUGCAGAACCGGCAGGCGAAGGUGUCCGUCGUCCCCUCUGCCGCCGCCCUCGUCAUCAAGGCCCUCAAGGAGCCGGAGCGCGACCGCAAGAAGACCAAGAACAUCAAGCACAACGGCAACAUCUCGCUCGACGACGUGUUCGAGGUCGCGCGCGUCAUGCGGCCGCGAUCCAUGGCCAAGGAUCUCUCCGGCACCGUCAAGGAGAUCCUCGGCACCUGCGUCUCCGUCGGAUGCACCGUCGACGGAAAGGAUCCCAAGGAUAUGCAGCAGGAUAUCUCCGACGGCGACGUCGAGGUGCCGCUCGAGUGACCGGUAAGGCUGCCCAUCGAUUCGAAAUCAAAAUGCUUCAUUUCCAACAAUUUCCGAGGAUUUUCCAGACUGAUUGAAUCCAGAACCAUUCAUUUUGAAAAUCGUGACCUGGUUAUGUAUUUCCCUAAUCAAGGUGUUUUCACAAUCAAAAUGUGAUUUUGAUUAAACGAUCUGCAAUCUUCUUAUCGUCGUGUUGCUUUCUGUUCUUCUCCGAACUAUUGGAGUUCAAUGUUUUUUUAAAGAUAUUUUUUCCCUUUAAUUUGAUCCUAAUGCUUAAUUC